AGAGGGCGCCUCCACAGUCUCCACCCCCGGAUACCCACUCACUCCUUCCCCCCGGCCCUUUAUAAACGUAGCAUCGCUAACAGGCCGUUCCCGGGCUGUUAAUUUUUUUUCUCGUUGAUGGUUAGACUCUGUGAGAGAAAGAUGAAGUUCCUCAUAGCUGUUACAGUUAUUGUGGGAUCCCUGAUUUUUCUCGCUUUCCCGAAUGGCUCGGCUGCUGACGAGAAGAAGAAAGGCCCCAAAGUAACAGCGAAGGUUUUCUUCGACAUUAGAAUUGGUGAUGAAGACGUUGGAAGGGUUGUCAUCGGACUGUUUGGGAAAACCGUUCCCAAAACAGUUGACAACUUUGCUGCCCUGGCAACAGGAGAGAAAGGAUUUGGAUAUAAGGGCAGCAAAUUCCACAGAGUCAUCAAGCAGUUCAUGAUCCAGGGUGGAGAUUUCACCAGAGGAGACGGCACUGGAGGCAAGAGCAUCUAUGGAGACCGUUUCCCUGACGAGAACUUCAAGCUGAAGCACUACGGGCCCGGCUGGCUCAGCAUGGCCAACGCUGGCAAGGACACCAAUGGCUCCCAGUUCUUUAUCACCACAGUUCAGACUCCAUGGCUGGAUGGGAAGCACGUGGUGUUCGGAAAAGUCCUGGAGGGCAUGGACGUGGUGAAGAAGAUCGAGGAAACUAAGACCGACGGGCGUGACAAACCUCUGAAAGAUGUCAUCAUUCACGACUGUGGGAAAAUUGAAGUGGAGAAGCCAUUCGCAGUCGCCAAGGAGUAGAGCGCUGCUGUAAGGUUAAUAAGAGAGCCGGACUGGGGAAGGAGGGGGCAAGUGGGUGGGUUUAAGGAGAAAUCGUGCAGGCAACCUCGUUUUAACACUCGGCUCUGUGGUCCAGGGGGAGGGGUUUGGGGUAAUUCAGUGGCUGCUGUCUUAAUGCACCAGAAAAGGAUCAACUUCAAGCAACCGUGACAACAUACUGGGUCCAUUUAACAACGAGCAUUCCAAGGUGCACUUUUUUUGUAAGAAAAAGGAAAUGAAAUCUGAAAUAAAGGUUUCAGUUUU